CCCCGCGACGGGCCCGCCCGCCCGCCCGCCCUCCCGAGGAACGCCGACCCGGGCCCGCGAGGGCCGCCGCCACCCCGCAGCAGAUUUGGAUCCCCCGCCCGGCGAGCCCCAGGCUGCUGCCUCCCGGGGGGCCCCGGCGCAGCGGCCGCCCCCCGAGAGCCCCGGCGCCCCGCCGCCCGGCCCCGGAGACGCGGGCGGCGCCAUGGCGGCCGCCAAGCCCGGCGAGCUGAUGGGCAUCUGCUCCAGCUACCAGGCGGUGAUGCCGCACUUCGUGUGCCUGGCCGACGAGUUCCCGCAGCCCGUGCGGCCCGCCAAGCUGUCCAAGGGCAAGGGCCGGCUGCGGCGGCCGCGCCAGUCCCGCUUCAAGACGCAGCCGGUGACCUUCGACGAGAUCCAGGAGGUGGAGGAGGAAGGGGUGUCCCCCAUGGAGGAGGAAAAGGCCAAGAAGUCGUUCCUGCAGAGCCUGGAGUGCCUGCGCCGCAGCACGCAGAGCCUGUCGCUGCAGAGGGAGCAGCUCAGCAGCUGCAAACUGAGGAACAGCCUGGACUCCAGCGACUCCGAUUCGGCCCUGUGAGGGGCGCCGCCCGCCCGCGGACGGAGGACGAAGCCCCAGAGGGCCCGCGCCCCGCACUCCGGGGACCCGCGAGGCCAGGGACCUCUCGCCCGGCCGCGAACUGCUCGGUGCGCCCCGCGCUGCGCUCGUCCGGGGGCCGGAGCGCGCGGGGGUGCCGGGGAGGGGGGCCGCUUUCUUUGCCCUUGUAAAUGUUUAUUUUUUAACUCUUCCCAGUACGGACUCCGCUGUGAGUGUGUGCGGGAGGCGCGCCCGCGCUGAGUCGACCCUGGGUCGCCGGGGCUUCCCGGAGACCGCUCCACUCCCUUGUCCGAUGGUUUGCAACUCCGAUUUUGCACACCGCUCCACCGUGCCCCCCAGCGCACGCACCCGUUCACACUCACGCCAACACACUCUCGCUGAACACUUUUAUAGUUGUUAGGCGCGGCUGAUGGGACUCGGGGCGCAGCGCAGGUGCUGCUGCGGCCGGAGGAUGGAUAUUUAUUUUUGCAUUGCGAUGGCUGACGGCUUUUAUUUAAUGAUCUUUUUACUUGGAUAUGUCUGUGAGGCUCCCGAACGGAGACAAAUAAAGUCAAUAUAUUUGCACAGUG